CCUGCCGGGGGUGGGGAGGGGGCCCCGCCGCUCCCCGCUCCGUGAUGUGCGGCGCAGGCAUGCUCAGUAGCCGGUGCCUACCCCUCCUCUCUCCGCCGCCGCGCCGACGGUGCUAGGAGGCUGCCGGCAGCGGCGCCGAAAGCCAUCUUUGCCGGAGCCGCCCGGCGCCCCUCGGUCGCCGCCAUGUCUGCUCCAGUUCCUACCCAAGGUCCCCCCAGUGCUGGGGCUGCAGGGCCAUCUCCUGCUACCAAUGUGUCAAGCAACAAACGGCUGCAGCAGACACAAGCCCAGGUGGAUGAAGUGGUAGACAUCAUGAGAAUGAACGUGGACAAGGUGCUAGAAAGAGACCAGAAGCUAUCAGAGCUUGACAACCGGGCAGAUGCAUUGCAAGCAGGUGCCUCACAGUUUGAAACCAGUGCAGCCAAACUGAAAAGAAAAUACUGGUGGAAAAAUUGCAAGAUGAUGAUCAUCCUUGGUGUAGUAUGCGCAGUCAUUCUCAUUAUAAUUAUAAUUUAUUUCUCCACUUGAAAAAGCAAAGAAGGAAGACUUGGCACAGCUUUGUUCAUAUCAACCAACAAUAUCAGUGUUCCUUUGUUGAACUCCGCUUUUUAAUUCCCAGUGUUUUGGGAUUUUUGCUUGUAAUAAUCCAUAAGCAUUCAGUGUGGUGUGUUUUGGAAUUCUGUUGUUUCCACAAGAAACUGUACCAGCUAAAUACUGCCAAGUAGUUCCAUACACUGUCUUAUCACUGUGUCUUAAAAUAUGUACGCACUGACCUUCAGAAACUGUAGUAUAUGAAAAGUAUCCUAAACAUCUGAGAAUCAGAGAACGCAGUUAUGGGGAAACUCCUGCUUAAAGGGACACUGUCAGGUGGAUUGGACCCAAACCUAAGGUUGCAGCAAACAUUAGGGCCAAAAUUCUCAAUCUGAGCACCUAAAGUUAGAUGACAAAUCCACUAUCAGAUCUAACUUUUUGAGGUAGUAGCUGCUACUCCCAUCGAAGAAAGCGGUACCUACAAGUAUUCAUGUAAUACAUCUUAAUUCAACUUAGCCAACAAAACACAGAUUUUUUGAGAUUAGUUGUAGUAUCUGAGUCUAAAAACAUUGCCUGCAGAAAAUAAAUAGGGCUGGAUUAUAAUUCUUUAUGGAUUUAAUUUUUUCCUUAUGAGGUGUUCUGUACAACCAGGAUGGCGCGGUAUGAAAGCCUGAAAGAAACUGUAUGACAACCAAAAAAGCAUUAGCUAGCACAAUCUUGAAAAAGCCAAGUGAAAUGCAAAAAUGGUAAUACAAGCAUCAUAAGUAACCAAGAUACAGACUCUUGCUAAAACUCAACGCCUGUUUGUCAGAUUUCAUGGAUCUCUCUUGAAUGCCAAUCCCCAAUACUUAUGGCCCUAACUUAAAGCACAUGAACAACUUUGAUGAUGUCUGUGGCUUCCCAACACAAUUGUAGGAAGCUACUUCUGCAUCAUUUUGCAGAAAUGGUCCCCACUGUGAGGAUCGUUUAAAAAUAGGAAGAAGCAGGUAUGGGUAAAUAGAGGGAACAGUGGAGAGAGGCUGAGAAGGGGAAGGGUGCCUAGCAAAGCUUUCCUGGAGUAGAGGAAGGCAGAGAAACACUGUUCCAAAGUGGUGGCAUUAAAAUGCUUUUAAAAAAUUUAAUUUGUGUAUGUGCGUGUGUAUAGUUCAUAAACUAUACUGUAGUCUUUGUAAAGUGUUCAGCUGAGAUAUUUUUCAUACUCAACUAGUUUAACAUUUGAUGUAAUUAAGAGAAUUUAUGUAUUGUGGUUUGAGAGAAAGUUCUUGUACGCUGUUGUUGUAUGGUUUCUCCCAAAUGUUAAAUUCCUUGGUUUUUCUUAUUUAAACAUUGAAUAGUUUAAUCAUAGUUAACCAAUCUAAAAAUGAAUUAUCAAAUUUUGAGUCAGGAAAUUCUGAAAGUGUCUUUGUAGUAUAACUCCUUCAGAAUUUCUAAGAAGAAUUCACAGAAUUAAAAAAAAAAACACAUUUUUUUUUUGUUUGCAAUUUCAUUAGGGCAUGGAAAUGGUGGUAAUAGUAGUGUAAAUAUUCCCACUGUGGAGCAUCUCUCUUGAUACGGUUUUAGAUGAAAAAAACAGAGACCCAGACCAGUUUGUUGCAAUGGAUGUAUAUAUAAAUUGUGUUUAAGUAGAAUUUUGCAGAGACAAUAAGCAAUGAUCAUUUGAAAGGUUCCACUUGCAUUUCCCCCCCUAUUUAUUUCUUUAUAUUCACAUGUACUGUUUCAUUAUCAUUAAGUAGUAAGUGGCCACAGUCUUAAUGAACUUACCUUUCAAAGUUACUAAUGUGCUACUGAACUCCCCGUUAUGCCCUGUUCACUUCAGUCCUUCAGCUGAGUGGGUACAUAAACAGUUCUUAAAUCCUCACGGGCCAGACACAAAACUCUGCUGUCAUAAUGGGCCCGACUCCAUGAGGUGCCACAACCGAAUGCUCUGUAUAACUGAGCCUUUGCUGGAAGAGGAAUGAGCCAUCCAACUUCAGGACCCUUUUUAAACUGCUAAGAUAUCUGGCUAGCUGACAUGAAAGAAUUAUCUCCUAAGAGUGAGACCCUGCCACCCAUACCCGUGUUGAGCGUGGCUUGAUCCUCGCAGGGCUUUUCUGCAGGAAUGCUGAAAGGACUCAGGAAACGAAGACAGCUUUCACUGGAGAUGGUACAGUCAGUAAGGUUAUACGCUGAUACAGAUCAGAUCUAGAACAGAUCUACAGUGUAGAUAGUGCCUUCUGCUAUGGGAGUCUGAACUGACUACUUCACUUUGAACAACUGCAAACACACAGCAGAGUUUGAGUCCUUUAGCUACAAAGAUGCAAAGCUUCCAGAUGAAACUGCUGUAAAGAUGCAAAGCUUACAUCCUCCUAGCUAACAUAUCUCAAGCAAGUUAAUAAAGUUGGGAGCUUUAGGGGAGAGUGGAGAAGAGAAACUGCUGGUUGUGGAAGCGUACUCAUUCUCUCUCAAAACAGUAACUAGUGGGGAAUACUGCUAAAAUAAUAGUGAGAAUUUGCAAGGAAGAGUUUAGUCAAGAAACCUAGCCUCUAGUGGGUAGCCAAAUGUUUGUGAAGAGGCAAUUUCCUCCCUGUGUAAUGAAAUAUGCUAAAUUAAUGUGUUUAACUCUGAAGUUGUUUGCAUAGAGUGUGUUUGUGAAUGCUCAAUGUUUGCUAGUUGUGCUGUGCUGGUUGGUUGCAAUUGGCAAGA